AUGGGCAAAGUCGACGACGAUGAUAUGGAUUACGAGGCCGCGAUGGAAGAUGAUGAAGCCUCGUUCGACGAAGAACCUAACUUUUGUGAAGAUGAAGAACUGGGCGACGUUGUUGAGUCGCAUACUCCUUUGAUGGUUGAAGCAGACACAACCCAAUUUUUUCGAACAGAAAUGGAAUUUCACAAUAAAGAGGAUGUUCUUUCGUAUGUUAGGAGAUGUGGCCGUAGGCAUGGAGUAGUUGUGGUUGUCAAACGAUCGGACUUGAACAAUCAGAAGAGAACUCCUAGGAUUUUAUUUGGGUGUGAGAGGGGUGGUGGAUACAGGGCAAAAGGUGUUCCAAAGAAGAGAAAAUCAGCAACAAAGAAAUGCCAAUGCCCCUUUUCUCUGAAAGCUCAAGUAACAGAUGCAUCAACUGGGACAUGGGGGUUGGUUGUUAUUAAUGGGAAGCACAACCAUGCUUUGGUCAAAGCUUUUGAAGGGCAUUCAUAUGUAGGUAGACUAACUGCAGAAGAGAAGGACACUGUUGAGAGGCUAAGUAGGUCAGGGGUGAAGGCAAGAGAAAUAUUAAAUCACCUAAAGCUGAAGGAUCCUACAAAUGCAACAACAAUCAAGACAGUCUACAAUGCCAGAACUGCUCUAAGGCUUGCUGAGACUGCUGGUAAGUCACAUAUGCAACAGUUGUUCACGUUAUUAACUGAGAAUGGGUAUGUUACAAGACAUCGUUAUGAACCAGAAACUGAGGUAUUACAAGACUUGUUUUGGUGUAACUCUACUUCAAUUCAACUGGCCAGAGCAUUUCCUUUUGUUUUUAUGUUAGACUGCACAUACAAGACCAACAAAUAUAGGCUACCUUUGCUGCAAAUUGUUGGAGUUACUUCUACAAAGAAGACAUUCUCUGUUUGUUUUUGCUAUAUGAGUGCAGAGAAAGAAGAAACUUAUGUGUGGGCUUUGAAUUGCUUCAAAGACUUGUUUGAGACAGUAUUGGCAGGUGUUUUCAUAUGUGAUAGAGAGAUUGCAUUGAUGAAUGCAUUGAAGACUGUUUUUCCAAAUGCAAAGAAUAUGCUAUGUCGAGUACAUGUAUCUAAGAAUGUUCUUAGCAACUGUGUUGGUUUAUUCAAAAUUAAAGCUGAGUUUGAUGACUUUAUGAGCUGCUGGAGCACUGUCAUGCAUUCCAAAACAUUGGCAGAUUUUGAUAAGGCAGUGAAUGACAUGCAAAACAAGUUUAAAGCUCAUCCUAAAGCCCUGGCUUAUGUCAAUGAUUCAUGGUUGAGUAAAUACAGGUCAUACUUUGUGGCUGCCUGGGUUGAUCAGUUUUUUCAUCUUGGGAACACAACAACAAAUAGAGUUGAGAGCAGCCAUUCUAAGCUUAAGAAGUACCUGUCUAACUCGGUUGGUGGAUUUGUCCAGUCUUUUAGCAAGAUUAACUUGUUACUUCAAGGUCAAGUUGUUGAUAUAAAGGCCUCAUUUGAAGACAGUCUAACUAGAGUGCCAAUUCGAUUCAGGAUACCUUUCUACAAGGAAUUGGUGAAUGUGGUAUCUACUGCUGCCUUGGAGAAGAUUGAAACUGAAUGUUCUUCUAUUGGGAGUGAAGGAGUUAGUGUUGAUGACUGUCUCCAUACAAAUUCUCAAUGUUUUGGUCUGCCAUGUGGUCAUAUGCUUACAAUUUACAGAAACGAAGGUAAGGCCAUCCCACUUAGUGACAUACAUCCAUAUUGGAGACAGUUGUGCAUCCAACCAUUCAGUCAAGACCCUAAAGAUGAAGUGAAGAUUGAUACUGAGAUGGAGAUGGUGUGGAGGACAUUUGCGCUUGCUACUGUGCCUCAAAAGCUAGAAAUAAAAAGACAGCUCCAGUCACUAGGCAAGGCAAGCAACACUUCUAUAUUAGAGCCAAAACCUAAGGUGAAUGUGAGGGGGAGGAAGAAGGGGCAGAAGGGGUUGAAAGCAUCUCAAGCUGAUGAAAAAUCAACCAAGCGUGAUCCUUCAGCAUUUGAGCAUGCUGUUGAGUCUCAUGUGUUUGAAGAUGUUCAACAAAGUCAGAACUCCAAGCAGAGUGUCAAACAGAAGGGAAAGUUGAAGGUUCAUAGAACUAGGAAGCCAAACACCAAUCAGUGGGUGUCCAUGUUUCCUGAUUUCUUACAGAACUACAUUUUCAAAAUUUUUGAUGUCCCUGGAGAUGGCCACUGUGGGUUCAGAGUUGUCGCAUCGUUCUAUGAUUGGGGUGACGAUGGUUGGAAAAUAGCUCGGAGAGAUCUUGCAAAUGAGCUUCGGAUGAAUGAAUGUCAAUAUGACAAGGUAUUAGCUCCUUUCUCAAGCACAUUUGAGCUGUUAUCCAGUGUUGAGUGUUUUUCCACUAUGGCAGAUAGAAAGAAUUGGAUGAUCAUGCCUUAUAUGGGAAAUGUGGUAGCUACCUGUUACAAUGUUGUUGUUGCACUAAUUUCACAAGAACAGUGCCUCACAUUUUUCCCCCUCAGGGACCCACUGCCACUGGAUUAUAAGCAAGGGAUCAUGGUAUUCGGGUAUAUAAAUGACUCUCACUUCAUCAGACUUGAGUUAGCAGAAAAUAGUCCCAUACCUCCUGUUUCAAAGAUGUGGACAGAUCAUCAUCAAUCCAAUGCCAGAGGUUGGCCAAAAAUGUUUUCUUCUAGGAUCGAAAAAUUCAAGACACUUUCUGGGUGUAAACCAAGUAACAUAGCGACUGUGGAGUUGAUAGAUUGA